UGAUAUAAAACCAUUUAAAAUACAAAAAGUUCCGUAGUAGGGAGAGAGAGAGAGAGAGAGAGAGGGAAGAGAGAAUGGAUAGGGUGUUUUCAGUGGAUGAAAUUUCGGACCAAUUCUGGUCGCCGCCACUCCGACCACCGCAGCCAAACUCUCCGACGGCCGUAACCAGACCAUCGGACGAAUCGUCCAGAAUGAACAGGAGCCCAUCCGAGUGGGCCUUCCAGCGUUUCCUCCAGCUGGAAGCUUCCCCCAAGACCGACACCUCUUCCGCCGACCACCACAAAAACGACACCGUUUUCGAGAUCAAGGAAGAUGACGACCGCAACGCACCCCUCGGCAAUCAUGUCCAGAAUGCUAUUAAUGAUCAGAAUGAAGUUAUUCAGACCAUGACUACCACCAAUAUCAGUUCCACGACGUCGUUCGGCGACAGUUGCACGGCGUCGUUUAACGCUCCUCCUACCAAUAUCCCGGCCGAUUCCGAGGAGUACCAGGCUUUCCUUAAAAGCAAGCUCGAUCUUGCUUGCGCUGCUGUGGCUUUAACUCGGGGAUCUCUAGUAAAGCCUCAAGAGUCUGCUGCUUUAGCUGAAAACGGAUUACAGGCUUCCAAUACUUCACAAUUGGGAUCCCAAGCCUCUUCCAAAGGAGCUGGGUCUGAUUCAUCCAGGUCACGAGAUAAGGACUCUAAUGGACCACUAGGAAUUCCUUCCUUACCUGCCGUGCAAAAGAAACCUGGGAUCCCAGCAAAGCCAACAACAAGUGGAUCAUCACGAGAACAGUCAGAUGAUGAAGAAGUUGAAGGAGAAAAUGAACUGUCUGAGAAUAUGGAUCCUGCCGAUGCAAAAAGAGUUAGGAGGAUGCUUUCCAAUAGAGAGUCAGCUAGACGCUCAAGAAGAAGAAAGCAGGCCCAUUUGACUGAGCUUGAGACGCAGGUUUCUCAACUAAAGGUGGAAAAUUCUUCCCUGUUGAAGCGUCUUACUGAAAUCAGCCAGAAUUACAAUGAAGCAGCGGUCGACAAUAGAGUUCUAAAGGCAGAUGUUGAAACAUUGAGAGCAAAGGUUAAGAUGGCAGAGGAGAUGGUCAAAAGAAUUACUGGAUUAAACCCAAUGUUCAAUUCCAUGUCUAAUAUAUCGUCAGUAGGAAUGCCAUCAUAUAGUGGGAGCCCUUCUGACACAUCAACAGAUGCUGCCGUGCCUGUUCAAGACAACUCAAAUCAUCACUACUAUCAACCCAGUACCAACAAUAACAUAUCCACUCAUGGUCUGGGAGUCAACAAUGGCUUGGCAGACAUUUCUUCUGUUGAAAAUGUGCAGAAAAAUUCUGCAGUGGCCGCAGUAGCUGGAAACAAGAUGGAAAGAACAGCUUCCAUGCAGCGAGUGGCCAGCUUGGAGCAUCUUCAGAAACGAAUCCGGGGGGGUGCAAGUCCUUGUGGACCCCAGUCCAAUGGGGAACAUUAGUAGUAAAUAGAACAACCCAGAUCUCAUAAAGCCUCUUCCGAAAGAUGAUUCCAAGAAUGAUCAGGUUGAAGUACUUUAUGUAAGAAAGCCUAUUCUUUAUGUUAACUACGCUAUUAAUUGAAUUUCCAUUUAAAAAAAAAAUUUAAUUGAAUUUC